CUUUUAAACUUAGUUUAAUUGAAAAAGAUGAAUAUAUUAAAAAUAACACAGAACAUCUGAAAACACUUGAAUUGGAAUUAGAAAAGAGUAAAUCAAUAUUAAUAAAUCAUGAAAAUGAUAUUCAGUUAAGUCGCUCAGAAGUCAACAAAUUAAAUAGGACAUCAGAGAACAUUAGAGAAGAACAGAAAAAUAUUCAAUUGAAAUCAACAGAAAGUGAAACUAACCUAAGUCAAUCUGAGCUUGAUAAAUUAAAUCCCACAACAUGCCUCCCUUUCGGAGAAUAUUCAGGAGUAAAUCAACUCAAUGUCUCUGGCAUAGGUUUAUUCAAUGUUUUGUGCGAUAGUCAGUUAGUUGGACCUGGAUGGAUUGUAAUACAACAACGAGUUAUGGGAAAUGAGAAUUUCACUAGGGAUUGGGCAACGUAUCGCAAAGGUUUCGGUUCUUUUGAAAGUGAUUUCUUUCUCGGAUUAGAGAAAAUGCAUCGUAUCACGAGCUUGCAGCGUUUCGAACUUUACAUACAUUUGGUCAAUGAGGAUGGAAGAACUUACUACGCUCUCUAUGACGACUUCAAAAUAUCUGAUGAAGAUAAUGGAUAUACACUGAGUUUGGGUAAAUUCAAUGGAACUAUUAGUGAGGAUGCCAUGAUAUGGGCUGAACACAUGAAAUUCUCAACAUUCGAUCACGACAACGACAAAGAUGAUGAUAAUUGCGCAGUCAAGUUUGAAAGUGGCUGGUGGUACGAUUAUUGUGCUCUUUGUAGCUUAAAUGCACCAUAUUCGCCAUAUCUACGUUGGCGGGUUGCUUAUAACUUCUAUUUACUUAAAGAAGUUAAGAUGCUAAUUCGCCCCAAAGAAGAGAUGAAGAAGUGAUAAACUGAAAAGCUGAAAUUUCCAUAUUUGACUCAAUUAUGUAAUCAUUUAUAUAU